GCAUUCCGAACUUAACGCAUUAAUAUAUAUAUAUAUAUAUAUAAACCCAAGUCGCAGAAAAGCUCGCCUUUGUCGUUCCGUAAUCACGCGAGGUGCGUCCUUAAAGAUUCGCUGACAGCUUAUGCCUGUUUGUUCAAAAUCAAGAAAGAUAUUCCUCUUUUAUAACUUUUUCUAAAUCAGGGAUGUCUGCUUGUCCCUUUCCCCGUUUUUGAUUUAUGGACUUUGUCUCCUCCCUUCACUUGCGUGUGACGCUUGUUUUGUCUUUCUUUAACUGUUCUUUUUUUUUUUCUCUCCUAUCGCGUGACAUGAGCGCCCUGGAGCGCCUACGUGUCUCCUUUGUUGUCGAUGAUGCAGUCGUCAUCUGUCUUCAUUAACCGAAAAACGCGUUAAGAGAAAAAAAUGCCCUUUCUUCUUCUUGUAGUUUUCGACUGUUCGUGGAACCGGAUUAUUUGGCUUCCCUCAUUGUUCUACUUCGUUCGCCUUGUGCCAAAAUUGGGGUGUGCUAAGAAUUUUUUUUGCUUGAAAAGAAAUAUAUGCCUUUUGCUGUUUUCUACGAUUAUCCUGCGCGUGGACGUCGCUCGUGUUUGUUGUUUGUUUGCUUUCUUGUUACCGUGUUUGGUUUGGCGAAUCGGCGCAACUACUUCUCUCUCUCUCUCACACUAUAAGAAUGUUUCUUUUGUUUUUUUUCUUCCUUUUUAUAUUCGUCUGACUGACGAUAACACGUGCUUCGCGUACACCACCACCACCAACAAUGCGAGUAAGAAGGGUCACGAAUAUGAGCAAAGAACGACCUUUGCGGGUUACAUCGUGGCGUUGCUCCUUUCUACUGCGCGUCGGCGCCUCCCACUGCUGCCCGAGGUGGCCGCCGCCGUCCCGUACCUCUUUUCUCUUGUUCCUUACUCACGCAUGGUGGAGAGCGCAACUACAGGAAAACCAAGAAAGGUGCACCGAUGCGUGUACGCACACAGAGCUGCGUGUUCGCUCGCUUUCUCCGUUGUAGUGGGACGCUCGCAGGGUUGGGGAACUGCGCGGAAAGAAGAAAGAAAGAAAGGAAAAAGGAGAAGAGCCGGGAAGGUAAGUCGGCACAUGGCCUUUUCCAUCAGGCAUCGAGACGCGCAUACGCCAGUCUUCUCUACCCAACAUUGAGCGCGUCGGAAACGACAAACACAAGGAGGAUUGUCCACUCUCCCCUUCACGAGUUCCGCUCUUUCACUCCUUUUCUUCUCUUUUUAUAUUCUUGUGCUGCUCGCUUCUGCCGCAUUCGGGCACUCGACACGUCUGUCCAGAGGAAGCCUGCGACCUCUCUUGGUAACUACCCUGUCUGCUUCUCGUGUUUUGUCUGCUUCCUGUCGCAUUCGUCCCACAUCCGCUGCGUUACCGCUUUAUUAUUGUUUCUUCUUCCUCCGUUGCCAGUCAAGAGGAAAGGUACAUCUCUUUAUUACGCACCUAAUCGCGGGAGAGCUCUUCCAAAAUAAAUUAUUAACCAUCACAACACCGGUGGGUAAAGGUAGCGAUAUCAAAAGAGCAAGAAUAUAGAAGCUUAGGCAAACCAACCAACCAACAAACGAACCAAACAUGUCGUUCAAGUGCUGUUACCGCGUUCUCGUUUGCAUUUUGCUAGUGGGGCUGACCAUCUGCACCGUCAUCUCCGUCGUCACGCCGCUCUACGCACGCACCGUCACGAACAGCGACAGCGGCACGACAAUCCUCACGCUGAGCCUGGCAAAGAUCGACAACGUCACCACCACCGCGGCUGGCAAUGUCACCAAGACAAGUACGCGCACUCGCAACCUUGAGUGCGAUCGAGCGAAAUCGCUCUACGUAGCCUCCUACGCGCUCGCCAUCGUCGCGGUGGUCUUCGGCGGCGUCAACGUGUUCUUCGCACUUGUGUGGACCAUGGCUCCCUGCGGAUUCCCAUUAGGUGCCGUUGUCUUCUCGCUGACGUUGCUUGCCUUUGCGUGCUCUUUUGUUCCCUUCAUCCUUACCGCCUAUCUCGUCACGCACGCCCUCUGCCCCGAUGCGAUGUCCACGGCGAUCGCCAAUAGCGAAGAGGGCACCAUGAAUGUGAAGCACGGCUUCAUUCUUCUUUUGGUGUCCUUUGCGGGCCUGCUUUUGACCUUCCUUAUACAGGUUGGUGGGUGCAUGUGCGGGUGGCAGCUGGAGCGGCCGACGACGGCCGACUCGCGCCAGACGACGGUCGAGGACUUGUAUCGCGUCGGCACGUUUACCAACCGCAGCGGGUACCAGAGCUCGCCGAUGAGCACCAUUUCUGUGAAGAAGUGA